UUCUCUUCUCUUCGCUUCUCUUUUCUCUUCGCUCUCUCUGUUAUCUCUGCUCUCUCUCUCUCUCUCUCUCUCUCUCUAAACCACACACAAACCCUAAGACGAAGCAAGCACGAAGCUUGCGAUUACUGACUGAAAUCCAUCAAGCAUCUUCAAGUCCAGAUAUAUUUAAUGGGGAUAUUCAAAAAAGCACCAAUUUUGUUAAAGAAGGAUGCUAUGAAUGAUGAUGAUGAGGUGGAGAAUCUUGAAGUGGAGGGUUUAAAUUCCGAAUCGGAAUCGGAGUCAGAAGAUGAAGAUGAAGAUGGAGAUGUGAAGUUGACAGAAGCUUCAAAGAACUCCGUAUACAACAGGGAUGGAUUGCUUGAUAAACUUGGAGACAUUAGCUGGCCCGAGAAUGUGGAAUGGAUACACAAGCUUUCCCUUGAUAUCGAUCAGGAGCAAGAGGUGGAUGUGAAUGAUGACCUGGCACGGGAGCUUGCUUUCUACACACAGGCAUUGGAAGGUACAAGGCAGGCUUUUGUGAAGUUUGAGUCUAUGCGGCUUCCUUUUCUCAGGCCUUCUGACUAUUAUGCUGAGAUGGUGAAAACUGAUACUCACAUGGAAAAAGUCAAGGGCCGGCUUUUGGUGGAGAAGAGAAAGAUCGAGGAGUCUGAAGAGAGGAGGAAGGCCAGGGAGUCCAAGAAAAUAGCUAAAGAGGUUCAGGCUCAGAAGCUCAAAGAGAGGGCUAAGCAGAAAAAGGAGGAGAUAGAAUCUGUUAAGAAAUGGAGGAAGCAGAGGCAGCAGAGUGGGUUUGCCGGGCCUGGGGGUGACAAAGACGGUGAGAUAGGCUUUGCUUUUGAAGACGGAAAAUCAUUUGAAAGGUCAAAUAAGAAGAGGCCAGGGGUGGCCCCUGGAGAUCGCUCUGGAGGGAAGGCAAACCAAGGUGGUGGUUGGAAGGGGAAGAAAGGAGGAGCCGGUGGAAAAAGGAAGAGUAGGGACUUCAAGGAUUCCAAGUUUGGGUUUGGAGGAAGAAAAAGCUUGAAGAAGCAGAAUACUGCUGAGACUACAAAUGAUGUCAGAAGCUUCAGAAAAAACAACAAUUUCUCUGGAAAUAAGAGAAGGAAGACGUGAUGCAUUCUCUCAGUUUGUUCCGUGAUGUUGAGAAGUACGGUUCAAGUUAGCUAUAUGUAAGUUUGAAAUUCUUAAGAUAUUUCUUUCUAAUGCAUUCAGUGUUUUUAUUGGAUUUCUAUAAAUGUUAUUUUUUUCCCCUAUCUGAGUCACAUAUGAAGUAGUCACAAACCUUGCUAUCUUUAGGUACUCUCGUUUAUGACCAAUUAUUGAUUAGUUGAUAUUUUCUCUUGGCUUUAAAAUUACCAUGGGAUUUGUUUGGUUGCUACUGUAAUUGUUGUCAUUGUCAUUUUUAUUCAUAUUCUUGCUUCA